AUGGAUAAAUUUAACUGGAAAUUCACUAUCCGUUUUAAUAUGCUUAUUUUGAAAAUUGCGGGUCUGUGGCCUAAAGGCAACGAAGUUUACAAAUUCAAUCGGUACACCAUAUAUUCGAUCUUCGCUUUAAAUUUAUUUAUCAAUGGACACAAUUUUUUCCAAGCAGCCAACAUUCUCUUCGUCUACACCGAUUUAACAGCACUAACUGCCAUAAUUUUUGUGACUGUCACUGAUUUACUAGCGUCGGUUAAAGUUUACUACUUUGUCAGUAACAUUGGAAUUUUAAAAAAGUUGAUGGUGACACUGGAUGGGCAAUUAUUUCAACCCAGAACGUUAGAACAAAGAAGUUUGGUGCAACCAGGAUUGGACUCGUGGAAAUUCACUUACGUUGCCUUUUGCGUACCGGUAAUAACCACGUUAAUAUUGUGGGCAGUGUUUCCAAUCAUGGAUGGGUCGUUUAGAGAAUAUAGGUUACCAUUUUCGGCUUGGUAUCCUUAUAACACCAAAGUGUCUCCGUUGUACGAAUUAACAUACGUUUACCAAAUUGUUAGCAUCUGGUUUCUGGCUCUAACCAACGUUAAUAUGGAUACAUUGAUAGCGGCGCUAAUGAUGUACGUUGGUACUCAGUGUGACAUUUUGUCCGACGAUGUGAGAAAUUUGGGUAGUCGUGGAGUGAUGGAGUUUAACACGAAGUUGUUGAAUUGUAUAGACCAUCACAGAAAUAUCCUUAGCUUUGCGGGAAAUUGCAACAAAUUUUUUGACAAAAUAGCACUUGGCCAGUUUUUUACGAGCUCGCUUUCGUUAGCUUUGGCUAUGUUUCAACUGACUGUGGUUGAGCCUUUGAGCAGUGAGUUUUAUUCUCUCCUAUUCUACGUGUUUUCUAUGACGGUCCAAAUUUCUCUUUACUGCUGGUUUGGAAACGAAGUGGAAAUUAAGGUGUGCUUUAAAAUUAUAGUGACUGCCAACUAA